CACACGGAGCACACACAAACACGGGAUUACAAACAUUUGCAAAAGGUAUUGUGUGAACCGUAAUAUUGUGUAUGGUGAAUGAGAAAAUAAAGCAAGUUAAAUGGACACCAGUGAACAGGAAAUAAAUUGACUGUAUUUAACUGGAAACUUUGUAUCGAACUUUUAUUCACCUAGCAAACUUUGUGUGGGUCAAUUACGCCAACAUAGCGGAUCCUCAGAGGCUUAAAGCGUUGGCUUAGCCGCUACAUGGACCUUUAUUAAUCCCCGUGAAGAAAUUCAGUUGUUUCGAACGGCUCUUAUCAUGGCUGCCACUGAGGUUCUUCCGGGUCAUUUAACUCCGUUAGGAACCUUAGUUAGUUAUAAGAUGUGGUUCAAUAAGCAGCGUAACUUACACGAUCUGCGUUUGGUUGUUUCUGUGAAUGGUUAUGUUUGGUUAGUGCAUGGAAUUGUGGGACAGCAUAAUCUCUUCUCCUUUCCUAAAGGAUGGUGUAUCCUAAAGGAGAUAAUAAAGGAAGCAUUGAGGCUCCUUCCCUAUCAUAUAAAGAACUCUCUUAUCAUAGCUGCAGCUUAGAGACUUCCGGGUCAAUUCCUCAGCUAGAAAACUUCCUGAGAGGAAAAGAACAUUUGCAGAGCAUGUGUGAAAAGAGCUUUCGUAUUGCUGUGUUCAAUGUGUUCCUUGUGUUUCCUGUUAUUGACUGCUCAGGUCUGGACCAGAAUCACGGCGGGGAGUAUGCUGCGUUCGCGGCCCUUAUUGAGAGGUUUGUUAAAGUGCUCAGAGACUGUCAGAUCACGCCCUACAUAGUGCUGGACGGUGGAUCGGACAUCUCAGAAAAGAAGAAUGAAACCGUGAAGAAAAGAGCAGUGGAUCGGAUCAAACGGGCGCAUCGAGCGGCGAAGGACGGCCAGCGCAAGGACAUCCUGCCGACGCUGGUGAAGCUGGUGUUCCGACAGACGCUGAGGCGGCUGGACGUCCAGGUGGCUCAGUGCUAUGGAGAGACUGACCCGGAGAUCGCCGCCCUGGCCCGGGAGUGGCAGUGCCCGGUGCUUUCCGGAGACAGCGACUUCUACAUCUACGACCUUCCGGUGGGGCUGCUGCCCCUCUCAGACUUCCAGUGGGAGGCGGUUGAGCGGAGGGGCUCCAACAGCUAUAUCUCCUGCAAGAGCUACUACACCUCCAGCUUCUGCAUCUACUUUAAAAUCCAGCGCCAGCUCCUGCCCGCCUUCGCCGCCCUGGCUGGGAACGACUACGUGAAGCCACACCGGCUGCAGGCGGGCGUCAGCUGGAAUCAGUUCGCCCCGGCAGGCGGCGGGAACACGGGCCGCAUGGAGGGGCUGCUGUGCUGGCUGCAGAACUUCCAGAAGCCUCAGGAGGCCUUCGAGGCGGCGCUGGGGCUGAUGGGAGAACUGAGCGGCAACAAAAAGGCGGAGGUGAUGAAGGGCUUGAAUCUGGGGAUGGAGGAGUACCAACUUCCUCCCAGCGCCCUCAAGAAGUUCUUCACCCAUGGGAUAGCACCUCCAUUCUCCACAGAAGUGGCUGGUGUCCCGGACUGGUCCCGGCUGCCUCUGAUUCAGGCCUGGCUAUCGCCGGUCAUCCUGGACGUGCUGCUGCUGCAGAGGAUGAGCUUCAGCGUCUUCGUGGAUCUCGCCGCCGCACCAAGCGCUCACCUUACCGCUAGGCCGCUGCGGCAGGUGAUGUACGGGCUGCUGCUGGGCGAGGGCAGGGAGGUGAUAGAGCGAGAUAGGGAGGGGCUGCAGCUGAGGUUCAUCCCUGUGAAGACCGCCUCCACAGCAAGCUCCCUGCAGCUCUCACUGCAAACACUGGAUAAGGCGGACGCCUCUCUACGUCUGAAGGUUCUCCUUGAGGCCCUGGGGGUCCCUGAGGCCUCCCUGGCCCCCGUGCCUCCCCCCCUGCGCCUCCCUGUGUGUGUCACCUGCUUCUGGCUGCAGAGAGCCCAGCCUCCUGCAGACGAGGAGGUGCUGAAGGCUCUGCUGCUCGGGCUGAGCUCCGGAGACGCCUUCAGGGGAGCCCUGCCCCCCCCCAGACAGAAGCUGGACAUGCAGGUGUCUCACUCUCUGAACCAGUGGCAGUCCUGCCUGAAGUCCAGCCUGCAGCUCAACCAGCUGCUGGGCCUACCGCUACCUGAGGCCCCCCUCUCCAGGUUGUUUGAGGGGACGUUGGUUCACCAGCUGGUGCACAGGAUGAGGUACGGGGGAAAGAAGAGGCCUUUCCUGAAGGAGGACCCCUGCAGUGUGAUGCUGUUCGAAGCCAUUCAGGCCGUGGUGCACCAGAUCCCCCCUCAAGAGAGCCACAGGACGGGGGAGGAUCGGCAGAGGCAGCCUCUGGACGACCUGACCUCCACCCUGCAGCAGCUCUUCCCCCUGGAGGAGGAGGAGGAGGAGGAGGAGGAGGAGGCCAGCAGCUCGGGGUGGGUGCAGGAGAAUCUGCGCCUCAGCGAGCUGCUGUCAGUGAAAACUCGUUUCAGAGCGAAACACAGGAAGAACCGGAGCAAGAACCCGGAGCUGGCCCGCAAAGAGGAGCGCCGCGACCGGGACCUGCUCUGAGCUCAAGGGAGGAAAACAAGCCGGGUUCAUCAGACUCUCGUUAACGUCCCUCACAUCAGUCUGAUACAUAAUAUUUACGUUACUCUGAAACAAGAAGCACUUCCUUUUUUAAAUCUGCACACAUUUUACACCUUUUUGCACAUUUCUUUCUUCGUCUCUUUAUGCCCUCAAGAUUGUAUAUUUUGAAUUAAGGGUGAUCAGCACUUGUUUUUUCUUAUUUGCCCUUAAAAUGUGAUGCACUGUUCGAUUGUUAUUGAAAACACAAAAGAGUUUUAAUAAGUGGAAUUCACUGUAAACAUGUUAUUUAAAAAAACGUGAUAAUUGUGUUUCUUUAGUCUCAUGAAUGUUAACGCUUUGUUCCUCACGUACGUUCUUAGUGACUGUUUGUUGGAGACAUUUUUGUGCAUUCGUUUACUUUUAUUACAUUACAUGUUACUUGUUAGACGCUUUUAUCCAAAGCGACUUACAUACUCAAUACUGUGGGCAAUCC